AUGGAUAUUGAAUACGAUUUCAAAGCAUUCUUUGCGGAAGAUGAUAUAAACGAACGCGAAGAGAUUGAAAAAAAUGCAGCGCCUUCGGAAGAACAAAUUUUGAACGACCUACUGAAAAAAGAUGAAAGGAAGAUCCCCAAGCAACGUCUCCUAAGAAAUCCAAAAUUACGAGAUAUUGAACUUUGUGGGCCAAAUGGCUUCUUUGAAUUGAAGCGAAGUUUCGACAGUUUUACUCCAAAAAAUAAAAAUCCAUACGAUGAUUUGCUUGUAAUGAUGAGUCGAAUAGAACACUGGAGCCAUUUACUGUGUCCUAAAAUGACAUUUGAAGAUUUUGUGUCUCGUGUGGAAUCCCUAAGCGACAAAAGAAUGGUAAAAACAAUGUUGACAAAAAUGAGACUCGACAUGCCUUUGACUGAUGAAGAUUUUCUUGGAAACAAAGAAAAUGAACAGGAUAAAGAAAUAGCUGAUAAGGGAGGAAAUAAGGAGUUCACUGAUACGCUAGUGAAUGAUACAGAUUUGUUUGAAAAUUUCGAUGAUGCGCCAUCCGUGCCUAUUACAUCGCAUCGAACAGCAACGUUACUUGAGUCCUCCAUAUCGAAAUUGUCAUGGGAGCAACUACAACGUAUUGAAAAAAAUAAGCAUCGUGCUCAAGAACUUCGUAUGCAACGUGAGAAACGAAUGAGUCAGUUGGAUGGUUUCAAUUCAGUUUUGAAAAAUGACGACUCACCCGUUUUUGAGGAAACAGCAAGCAGUAUAACGUUAAACUCGAAAUCGUUUACUCAGGAUGAGAAAUCAAAAAAGCCCCAAGGACACGUCGAUAUUAUGAUGGACGAUAGCGAAGCAUUAGAUUUUAUAUUUUCAUCAACUUGA